AUGGGGGCGCCGGAGUGCUGGUGGUCGACGUGGAGGGGGCUGGCCGUCGCCGUCACGGCGGCGUGCCUGCUCCCGCACGUGGCGGCGCGGGUGACGGACGCGCUGUGGUGGCGGCCGCGGCGGCUGGAGGCGCACUUCGCGCGGCAGGGCGUGCGCGGCCCGCCGUACCGCUUCCUCGUCGGCUGCGUCCGGGAGAUGGUGGCGCUCAUGGCGGAGGCCACCGCCAAGCCCAUGUCGCCGGCCACCUCCCACAACGCGCUGCCCCGGGUGCUCGCCUUCUACCACUACUGGAGGAAGAUCUACGGGCCGACGUUCUUGAUAUGGUUCGGGCCGACGCCGCGGCUUACGGUGGCGGAUCCCGAGCUCGUCCGCGAGAUCUUCCUGACGCGCGCGGAGGCGUUCGACCGCUACGAGGCGCACCCCAUCGUCCGGCAGCUUGAGGGAGACGGGCUCGUCAGCCUACACGGCGACAAGUGGGCCCUCCACCGCCGCGUUCUCGCCCCCGCCUUCUACCCCGACAACCUCAACAGGCUGGUGCCGCACGUCGGGAGGUCGGUGGCGGCGCUGGCGGAGAGGUGGCGGGCGAUGGCGUGCGCAAGCGGCGGCGAGGUGGAGGUGGACGUGGCGGAGUGGUUCCAGGCGGUGGCCGAGGAGGCCAUCACGCGCGCCACGUUCGGCCGCAGCUACGCCUCCGGCCGCGUGGUGUUCCGCAUGCAGGGCCGCCUCAUGGCCUUCGCCUCCGAGGCCUUCCGCAAGGUGCUCGUCCCGGGCUACCGGUUCUUGCCGACCAAGAAGAACCGGAUGUCGUGGGGCCUGGACAGGGAGAUCAGGCGGGGCCUAGUCCAGCUCAUCGGCCGGCGCAGCGACGCCGCCGAGGACCACGAGGCGGAGAUCAAGGAGAAGGGCAACAGCGGCGGCUUCAGGGACCUGCUGGGGCUGAUGAUCAAUGCCCGCGACAAGAAGUCGCAGGCCAUGCCGGUGGAGGAGAUGGUGGAGGAGUGCAAGACGUUCUUCUUCGCCGGCAAGCAGACGACCACCAACCUGCUGACCUGGGCCACCGUGCUCCUCGCCAUGCACCCGGAGUGGCAGGACCGCGCCCGGCAGGAGGUCCUCGCCGUGUGCGGCCCGGGCGAGCUCCCCACCAAGGAGCACCUGCACAAGCUGAAAACGGUACGCCACCCACACAUCACUGUUCCGAAACCGAAAGUACCCGAAGGAUGA